CUCUGAUUGGUGAACAGUAGGUUAGUGCCUCCUCCAGACUCUUCUCUUAAAAGUAUCACGGUGCUGGAUGAGAGGAAACUUACCCCAGGAGGAGACCGCAGUAUCACCUGCAACUUUCCCUAAAAUUAGUUUACAUUAAAGGUGGCAGCUGUGUGUGUGUUCAGCAUGAAGAAGACUCCCGGUUCUGUGCUGCUGUUGCUGUGGGUAGUUCUGGUUGUGGUUGCAAAAGAGAGUAAAGAUCUCCAAGACCAAACUACAGUCAACCACUGCACCCAAGAAACCUGCCAGCCGGACAUUUAUACAGCACUGAGAGAGAUGAACGCUCUGAUGGCAGAGCAGAGAGUGGAGCUCAGAUACACUAAGACACAACUAGAGGCCAUGGAGAAGACAGUCGAAGAGCAGAGAGUGGAGCUCAGACAGACAGAAGCCAGACUGACAGCCAGUGAACAGCUAGUGAAACAACUAAAGACUGAACAUGAAGCCCAGGCAGUGAAUCUGAACCUCACUGGCAGCCAAGUAGAGCAGUUGAGGAGGGAAAGAGAGGAGAGGAAGGUGUCUUUCUCUGCUUCAAUUGUGGCAUCUGGGGAUGUUACUAUAGGACCUUAUAGCAAACACACUAACCUGGUCUACAAACACGAUUUCACCAACAUAGGGAAUGCCUACAAUCCAAACACAGGGGCCUUCACAGCUCCAGUUAGGGGGGUCUACUACUUUGAUGUCUUCGUCUUUGGGAAUGGUCAUGCAUCAACACCCACUGCAGUCUCUCUCCACAAAAACGGAGAACAUGUUGUCAUUGCUUACAGUGCCGGGAACAUCCACCAUGUUACUGCCUCCAACGGAGCAUCUCUGCUGCUGGAAGUGGGGGAUGUGGUCUAUCUGAAGCUGUGGCCUAAUUCCUGGGUGAGAGAUUCUGGUAACCACCUCACGACCUUCUCUGGACACCUGCUCUUCACCAUGUAGCCAAGCAGCAGAACAGACCCACAACAAGAACAAUAAAACAGAUGACAUUUUAGGAGUGGUGGUGUGGUGUGAUGUGUGUGUGUGUGUGUGUGUGUGUGUGUGUGUGUGUGUGUGUGUGUGUAUGGGGGGCAUUUAACUGUAUUUCAGUUUAACUGCUCCUGUAUGCUUCUCAGAUCAUGUUCACACACAAAACUUUAUAUGGAUGUUUUCUAUGGACGUGGGUGCUGUUUUUGGGCGUGCAACACAUUUGUAAAGUCAAGCAUGUUGUGAAUUAUUUUUGAUUAUAGUGUGACUGUGAUGUCAGCAAAGUCUUCAAUGUAUUGUAGAUUCAAAUAUCAAUCCUAAAAGCUGUCGGAAUGAUUACAAAUCACACUGAUAAAAUAAAGAUGUAAAGUGUUUUCUUGAA